UCUCUUUUUAGGGUUUAUUCGAAAGCUUCUCUGUAAAGCCAUUCUUACAGUCUCUCUCUCUAGCUCCACAGCCAUGGCCAGUGGAGAUAAGACAGUGAUAAUUGGGGGCAGAGGCGUGGCUCUCACCUCGGAAUCCAUUUACGGGAUCGCUCAUGGCCUCUGCAAUGUGCAAAUUGACUCUUCUGCACUGGAUAAGAUAUCUAAUAGCACAAACCAGUCGAAACCUAGGGUUAAGGUUUCAGAACCUACUGUGAAUAUAGUUGAGAGCUCGAGGGUCUUAUAUUCACCAGAGCAAUCCAGAGCCUCGCUUGCUGUGCUAUUAAACAAGCUUGUAUCUUCAUCGAGCUCUUUGAGAGGCUCUGGUUUAGUUGUUCGAAUUGUUGAGAUUCUUAACCGGAAGGUUCCUCUUGCUCUUCCUUGUUCAGAAUCAAAUUAUACUGAUAAUUCGUUCUUAUCAGGGGAUGGGGAUAGGAGUUUUGGGGUUUCGAAUGACGAGAGGGAGGUUUUCGAGCUGAGUUGUUCAAAUAUUAUUGGUGUUUCUUCUCUGGUUGAUCAUUUUGCGGGGGCUUUCUCCACUGUUAUGGAUGUCAUUUCUGCUCUCUCUUUUGAAGCUUUGCGUGCUGACACGUCAGUUUUCGAUUUGAAUGUUUCAGGUGAUGGUUUCUCUCACAAGGAUGAGAUUGAAGUUGCCUCUGAUAUGCGAAUGCUUCUCUUUGGUUCGAAGCUUGUUAAUGGCCCGAAAAUGGCAGAAAGUGAGGAAAAGGAUUCUGCAUUUUCUUCAAUACCUUCUGCUCAUGGUGGAUUCAAGACCUGUGUGAAGUCCCUUCACUCCAGAACCAGAAUUGAAUUGAAUAGUGAAAUUGACACAAAGAAGAAGAAAGCCCGUUAUAGGCCACAUUGCAAUACCCUUACUAACACAAUAUUGCCCAUCGUUGCCUCACUCCAUUCAGCUGGCAAGGCAAGUUUGGCUCGAGUCAAUCUGAUCAUUAAAUCCAUUGAAAAUGUCGAACAACAAUUGAGAAUUUCUGAGGCAUUCUCUAAGACAUGCACCAGUGAAAAUGAAUUGAGAAAUGGGUUUCGAUCAAUUUUGUUGAAAUUUGAAGAGAACAGUUCAGAAUUCUUGGUUGAAGUUUCGCGGUUGUUAGAUAGGGUGAAGGAUAUUUUCGCAUGGGAGGCUGCAUUGGGUUUGUUUUUACUUCAAACCAUUGAGAAGGGCAGAACAAGCAAAGCUAACAAUAGUGCUGUAGAAAAUUCAGGUUCCAUUAUAGAGCCAUCAGGUAGCAAUGCUGUUGUUAAUGGUGAAGGUGGUGAGGUUAAAGGGAAACCCAAGGGUGAAAAGAAGAAGAAGAAAAACCCAGAGAUUGUUUUGGGAAAGGGAACAACUGUGGUUCAUAAAAUUAUAUCUGGGGUUAUUCAACAGAGGCUGAAAAGAGAGUAUGCUACUGACGAGUACGCGGAAAUGUUGGUUGAUUGGGCAAGCGAGAUAUCCUUGUUCUUUGAACCCAAGGAUUCAGAACUUGCAAUCCUACUGGAGGCAGUGAAAACAGUUGUCGAAAGUAAUGAGACUCGGAGAAUUCCUAAAAUUCCUAAGGGCACUCGAGAUUUUGGAAAAGAACAAAUGGCAAUAAGAGAGAGGGCAUUUUCAAUUAUUGUUGGAGUUUUUAAAAGACAUGGAGGAGUGGCCCUAGACACACCUGUUUUUGAAUUGAGAGAGACUCUCAUGGGGAAAUACGGGGAGGACUCAAAGCUGAUUUACGACCUUGCUGAUCAGGGUGGUGAGAUUUGUUCUUUGCGGUAUGAUCUGACUGUUCCAUUUGCUAGAUAUGUGGCCAUGAACGGUAUUACCAUGUUAAAAAGGUAUCACAUAGCAAAAGUGUACCGACGAGACAACCCGUCCAAGGGGAGAUUCCGUGAAUUCUAUCAGUGUGAUUUUGAUAUUGCUGGUCAGUUUCCAUUAAUGCAACCUGAUUUUGAGGUUAUAAAGGUCAUGACCGAGUUGCUAGAUGAACUUAAUAUUGGUGAAUAUGAGAUAAAGCUCAAUCACCGAAAAUUGUUAGAUGGAAUGUUAGAGAUAUGUGGCGUACCUUCAAAUAAGUUCAGGACAGUCUGCUCAAGCAUUGAUAAGUUGGAUAAGCAGUCCUUCGAGCAAGUCCACAAGGAAUUGGUAGAGGAUAAAGGCUUAACUAUAGAAAUGGCUGAGAGUAUUGGUUCCUUUGUGAAGAAACGUGGUCAUCCGCUGCAAAUAUUGGCUGAUUUGCAACACGAGAACAGCCCAUUUUUGAAGAAUGAUGGAUCUCUUGUUGCACUCAAAGAGUUGGAAAUCUUAUUUAGAGCACUAGAGAAGUCAAAGUGUAUAGAUCGCGUGGUUUUCGAUUUAAGCCUUGCAAGAGGUCUUGAUUAUUACACAGGUGUUAUCUAUGAAGCCAUUUUCAAAGGCGCUACACAGGUUGGCUCCAUUGCAGCAGGAGGGCGUUACGACAAUCUUGUUGGGAUGUUUGGUUCAAAGCAGGUUCCUGCAGUUGGUGUGAGCCUUGGGAUUGAGAGAGUUUUCACAAUUAUGGAACAGUUGCAGAAAGACAAGAAGAAGACAAUACGAGCCUCUGAAACACAAGUUCUGGUGGUUCUUUUUGGGGAUGAUUUGGGGGAAGCAGCUGCCCUAUCCAGUGAGCUUUGGAAUGCAAAGAUAAAGGCAGAAUUUGUUCUGACAUCGAGCAAAAAAAUCUCAAAACAGAUUGAUUACGUUGUGCAGUCAUGUAUCCCUUGGAUGAUUAUUGUGGGUGAUGAUGAACUUGAAAGAGGAGUUGUAAAGAUGAAAGACAUUAUGGCCAACAAACAAGUGGAGGUCCCGAGAGAAAGAAUCGUUGGGGAGCUCCAGGCCAAAUUGAGAACCAUUAAUGAAUGCUCCUCUGAGCACAAUGUUGUUGUUUAGUAGGUCUCUCUCUCUCUCUCUCUCUCUCUCUCUCUCUCUCUCUCUCUCUCUCUCUCUCUCUCUUCCUUCGAGGUGCUAUAGAGCAGAUUGAGAACCACUAAUGAAUCCACCUCUGAGAAAAAUGAUGUUUACCAGGCAUUGACCCUCUUAGAGAGCUGCAAGUUUUGCUAAUCACAAGCUCUUAUUCCAUGAUAAGAAAAGAAAUACAGGCUCCAAGGGCUCUCUCUCUCACAUAUGAAACUGCAAUGUAUUGCUCAUGAAUUAAUUUAUGAAGAGAAAUGUGUGAUAUUUAUGAAGCCAUUCUAUUUUUCA